AUGCAGGAGCUAUUCCUCACCAGCUUCGUCAGGGAUGGCGCCGACUUCGAGCGGGCCUCGGCGGUGCUGCACGGGCUCGCCAACAUGAGCGGCUGGGAGAGCCUGCACCGCGUCGUCUAUUUUGCCGGCCCGCUGCCGCCCAAGGGCUUCAACCGCUCCAUCCCCGCCUCGGCCAAGACCCAGCAGCAGCAGAUGGCCCUCUGGUCCGGCCUCCACCAGGUCCUCCAGAAGAUCUCCCACGUGCUACAGUUGAGGUACGAGGUCUUUCGGGACCGUGACUUUUGCCCUGACGGCCAGAUGCCGACCAUGCCCAUCGAGGGUCCUGACGCAGAGCUUAACAAGAUGGGAGGGACCCUGAGGUGGACCGACUUUCCCAAGCCGACAGAAAACCAGCCUGUCAUCAGCCGGAAGAAGAUAGAGAUAGUCGACCAGAAGAACCUGAUCACCAUUGUGAAGGACAAUAACCACAGGUUCAAGAGCGAGGCCAUCGAAGAGUCAGUCAGCUACUUCAUCGACAGCGUCGAGAUCAGCCUGGUGCGCUACUACCACCUGCCGCCGGCCGGCGCGGGCGAGAGCCCUGCGCAGCCACUCGGCGGCCCUGUGCUCCCGGCCUGGUCGUCGCUGCGGCUACUGGACCCGUCGGGCACGUGGAUGCUGUUUGUGCGCACGACCGUAUUCGAGGACAACGCGCCCGACAAGCUCAAGAAGGCGCAGGACGAUCUCUACGCUAUGCGCGACAAGCUCGCCGGCGUCUUCGACUUCAAGAUGGUCGACAGGCGCGCCCACGACACGCGCAUCCUGCUGCCUACGAACAACCUGCCGGCGCCCAUGCCCGCGACACAGAGGCUCAGGGGCUGA